AUGAAAUCUCCAAGUGUAGCAGCGGCAGCAAUGUCUGCUCUCAUGAUGUUUCUUUUAGUCACUCCACCUUCUGAUGCUGCAAUUUCUUGCAGUGAUGUAAUCAAGGACCUGAUGCCUUGUGUGAACUACCUCAUGAAUGGCACUGGGAAACCACCUGCUGCGUGCUGUUCGGGAAUCUCAUCUAUUCAAGCUGCUGCAUCAACCACGGCUGAUAAGCAGACAGCUUGUAACUGCAUCAAGUCAGCUUCCAAGCAAAUAAAUCCAAACCCCCAGUUAGCUAACUGUGGAAUCACCUUGCCUUUCACUGUUUCACCCAAUGAUUACUUAGUUGAAAUGGAAAUGCUCUG